AGGAGGUUGGAAAGGUACUAUCCCUAAAUCUCUCAGUUCGGUGUUCUACUGGUGCCUGCGGGUAUGGCCUUCUUUCAGCUUAUCCCCCUUCCUUCACUGCGUGGGUGGGCGGACCCCUGGAGGUCAGGUGAUCUGGGUGGUGACAGGAGGUCUGCAUCCCUCCAAAGGCUGUACCCUCAUCAGCCCAGCAGCUUGGUUCACUGUUCCCAGUGUAGAUGCUUGCAGUGGUUUUAAGUGCGGAGGCACCGGUGUCAGGGGGGUUCUGAGGGAUUGGGCGGGGCGGGUACCGUUCCUUCUGCCCCGGUCUGCUCACCGCAACCCCUGCACCCCGCGGGUGGUGCCGGUGCCUUUAAGAAUCUCAGCGCGCGGCCCUGAUUGCUGAAUCGGCGCGCAGCCUCUGCGGCGCAGCUUGCAUCUCUGCAGAGCUAGGCGUGCGCCCCCUGCCUGGGCCCUAGCCCAGCCGAGCCGCUCAGUCACCCGGCAUCGCAGACCCAUGUCGGCCGCCCCGGCCUACAGCGAAGACAAGGGCGGCUCGGCCGGCCCCGGAGAGCCGGAAUAUGGCCACGACCCGGCGAGCGGCGGGAUCUUCUCCUCCGACUAUAAGCGGCAUGAUGACCUGAAAGAGAUGUUGGACACCAAUAAGGAUUCCCUCAAGCUGGAGGCCAUGAAGAGGAUUGUGGCGAUGAUCGCCCGGGGGAAGAAUGCCUCAGACCUGUUCCCUGCCGUGGUGAAGAAUGUGGCCUGUAAGAACAUAGAGGUAAAGAAGCUCGUCUACGUGUACCUGGUGCGAUAUGCCGAGGAGCAGCAGGACCUAGCCCUGCUGUCCAUCUCUACCUUCCAGCGUGGCCUAAAGGAUCCCAACCAGCUGAUCCGUGCCAGUGCCCUCCGCGUCCUCUCUAGCAUCCGUGUGCCCAUCAUAGUGCCCAUCAUGAUGCUAGCCAUCAAGGAAGCUGCCUCAGACAUGUCACCCUACGUUCGGAAAACAGCUGCUCAUGCGAUCCCUAAACUUUACAGUUUGGACUCGGAUCAGAAGGACCAGCUGAUAGAAGUCAUUGAGAAGCUUUUGGCGGACAAGACCACGCUGGUGGCGGGCAGUGUGGUGAUGGCCUUUGAGGAGGUCUGUCCGGAGCGUAUUGACCUGAUUCACAAAAACUACCGGAAGCUCUGCAACCUACUCAUUGAUGUGGAGGAGUGGGGCCAGGUGGUGAUCAUCAGCAUGCUCACGCGCUAUGCGCGCACACAGUUCUUGAGUCCCACGCAGAACGAGUCGUUGCUGGAGGAGAACCCCGAGAAGGCCUUCUAUGGCUCCGAGGAGGACGAGGCCAAAGGCCCUGGAUCGGAGGAGGCGGCCACCGCGGCGCUGCCUGCUCGGAAGCCCUAUGUAAUGGACCCGGAUCACCGGCUGCUGCUGCGCAACACCAAGCCCUUGCUGCAGAGCCGCAGCGCCGCGGUGGUCAUGGCCGUGGCGCAGCUUUACUUCCACCUGGCGCCCAAGGCGGAGGUGGGCGUCAUCGCCAAGGCGCUGGUACGCCUGCUGCGCAGCCACAGUGAGGUGCAGUACGUAGUGCUCCAGAAUGUGGCCACCAUGUCUAUCAAGCGCCGGGGUAUGUUUGAACCCUACCUGAAGAGCUUCUACAUUAGGUCCACGGAUCCCACCCAGAUCAAGAUCCUGAAGCUGGAAGUGCUGACCAACCUGGCUAAUGAGACCAACAUCCCCACUGUCCUACGGGAAUUCCAGACCUACAUUCGCAGCAUGGACAAAGACUUUGUGGCAGCCACGAUCCAGGCCAUUGGACGAUGUGCAACAAACAUAGGCCGGGUCCGUGACACCUGCCUCAAUGGCUUGGUGCAGCUUCUGUCCAACCGUGAUGAGCUUGUGGUCGCAGAGUCGGUGGUAGUCAUUAAGAAGCUGCUGCAGAUGCAGCCCGCGCAGCACGGAGAGAUCAUCAAACACUUGGCAAAGCUCACAGACAACAUCCAGGUGCCCAUGGCACGAGCCAGCAUCCUCUGGCUUAUUGGAGAGUACUGUGAGCAUGUGCCCAAGAUUGCACCUGAUGUCCUGAGAAAAAUGGCCAAGUCGUUCACAGCAGAGGAAGACAUCGUGAAGCUGCAGGUCAUCAACUUGGCAGCCAAGCUUUACCUGACCAACUCCAAGCAGACCAAGCUCCUGACCCAGUACGUGCUGAGUCUGGCCAAGUAUGACCAGAACUAUGAUAUCCGAGAUCGUGCCCGCUUCACCCGGCAGCUCAUCGUUCCUUCAGAGCAGGGUGGAGCCCUCAGCCGCCAUGCCAAGAAACUCUUCCUGGCCCCUAAGCCAGCCCCUAUCUUGGAGUCAUCCUUCAAAGAUCGUGACCAUUUCCAACUGGGAUCACUGUCCCAUCUGCUCAAUGCAAAGGCUACAGGCUACCAGGAGCUCCCAGACUGGCCAGAGGAAGCCCCAGACCCAUCCGUGCGCAAUGUAGAGGUACCUGAAUGGACCAAGUGCUCAAAUCGGGAGAAGAGGAAGGAGAAAGAAAAGCCUUUCUACUCUGACUCCGAGGGAGAGUCUGGCCCCACCGAGUCUGCAGACAGCGAGCCUGAGUCUGAGAGUGAGUCCCAGAGUAAGAGCAGCAGUGAGAGCGACUCUGGGGAGUCCAGCAGUGACUCGGACAAUGACGACGACGACGAAGAGAAAGGAGCGGGCAGCCGGAGCGACCAGAGUGAGGAGGAAGGGGAGAAGAAGAAGGCGAAGAAGAAGAAGAAGGAGGUGCCAGAGGGGCACAGGGAGGGCUCAUCUUCGGAGGAGGGCAGCGAGUCCAGCAGCAGCUCCUCAGAGUCUGAGGUGACGUCAGAGUCGGAGGAGGAGGAGGAGCAGCAGGCCGAGCCUGCCCCCUGGAGGAAGAAAACACCUCCCAGCAGCAAGAGUGCCCCUGUAGCCAAGGAGAUUUCCCUGCUUGACCUAGAGGACUUUACCCCUCCUAGUGUCCAGCCUGUGUCUCCUCCCAUGGUUGUGUCCACUAGUCUGGCUGCUGACCUGGAGGGCCUGACACUCACAGACUCCUCUCUGGUGCCUUCGCUGCUGAGUCCAGUGUCCAGCGCUGGGAGGCAGGAGCUGCUGCACCGGGUCGCUGGAGAGGGGCUGGCCGUAGACUAUGCCUUCAGCCGUCAGCCUUUCUCUGGGGAUCCCCACAUGGUGUCCGUGCACAUCUACUUCUCCAACAACUCCGAGACGCCCAUCAAGGGGCUGCAUGUGGGCACUCCCAAGCUACCUGCUGGCAUCAGCAUCCAAGAAUUCCCUGAAAUUGAGUCCCUGGCACCCGGAGAAUCCACCACUGCUGUGAUGGGCAUUAACUUCUGUGAUUCAACCCAGGCAGCCAACUUCCAGCUAUGCACCCAAACCCGACAGUUCUAUGUCUCCAUUCAGCCACCUGUUGGGGAGCUGAUGGCCCCUGUGUUCAUGAGUGAGAAUGAGUUCAAGAAGGAGCAGGGAAAGCUGACAGGCAUGAACGAGAUCACAGAGAAGCUUACACUGCCAGACACCUGUCGGAGUGACCACACGGUGGUGCAGAAAGUGACUGCCACUGCCAACCUGGGUCGUGUCCCCUGUGGGACAUCUGAUGAGUACAGGUUUGCGGGGAGGACACUGACUAGUGGGAGCUUGGUCCUGCUGACUCUGGAUGCCCGGCCAGCUGGACCUGCCCAGCUGACUGUCAACAGUGAGAAGAUGGUGAUUGGUACCAUGCUGGUGAAGGAUGUGAUACAGGCUCUGACCCAGUGACUCCUCAGCAUUGUGACCUCAUUGGUCUUCACCUGUCCUUCCCUGGGACAUUUGCUCACACGUCUCUCCCCUAUCCUUCCCUCCCUCGCUCCUUCCUCCAUCCUACCACCCACCUAGUGUGGGGGCACUUUCUCCCUCCCGCCCGUUUCCCAUGGGUUCCUUAGUGACUCUGCAGAGGAAGACAGUAGCUGCUCCUUCAGCAAUCCGUUUCCUCAGCUUUCUGUAGGUAUUUAUGUAGCAAAAUCUCAAUAAAAUGUCUUCUCCCUA